UUGCCUUGGAGAGAUCCCUGUUGUAUAGCCAGUAGUUGACCAGUUGACUGCAGAACGCGCGAUAGGAAGAGAUCCCCUGUAAUGAUGGCCAAGCUCUUAACCUAACACAAACUACAAAACCACAAGCUGUGAAGUAGAUACCGAAAAACACGGCAACCGGUGCAUUUAGCUUGCCGUUUGUUUUGAUCUUUCUUUGAGGAAAUGAGAGCUUGUUCAUCGCUUCAAACCUUUCUCAAACCGUCAUGGAAGAAAGUGUAUGUAAUAAUUUUACAUCGCUACAAGUAUUGAGCGGGAACCUUUCGUCCUGGCCCAAGGACUGUUUUAACUCGUCUAAUCACUCAAGUUCUAUUUCUGACAACAUUACUGAAGUUGUACCGGACAUCGGUGGACUAGGCAAGUCGGCGUUGAUGUUAUUGGCGAUUUUCAUCGCGUUGAUUGGGAACUUUUUUAUCAUUUUCUCCUUCUUCAGAAACUUCAAAAUGCGGACAAUAACUAACACACUAGUUGUGAAUCUCAGCGCUGCAGACCUGCUUUCAUCCAUUUUCGACUUCCCAUUUUGGCUGAGCAUAAUUCUAGGAGUACCGAUAUAUAAUAAUAACAUCCUCUGCCGAGUACUGCUCUCAUUCGAGGACCUAUUCCAGAUCGUAGCGCUAUUAACAAUGUGUGGAAUAGCUCUUGAUCGCUUCGUAACCUUGGUCAAGGGACUAAGACGCUUAAUGACCCAUCAAAGAGCACGCUUUCUCAUCCUGUGGUCGUGGGUACAAGCCGUCAUUUCUGCUGCACCGUGGAACAUGAUCUCCCAAACGGAGUCAAGCCGCUGUCUUACUUUCCCGCACUUCUACGAACCCUCUCUAAAAUUUCGCACGCUAAAUGCGUUUUUUAAAAUAGCAAGUAUCGUUUUACCAUUUCUUGUAACCUACUAUGUGUUUUAUCGUAUCGUGAAAGCGGUAAGAGGGAGAGGAAAAGUGAACAUUGACAAUAACUAUGUCUCGAGAAACUACAGCGCAGAGCGGUUUGCCGUCGACGCGUAUAAACGCUCUUCCAAAACGGCGAUUAUUCUAUUUCUGAUGUUUUCACUAUGCAGUUUUCCUUAUCUUGGAGUUACCAUUUGGACGAUUGUUACCACUCAGCCCGUUAGUUUCGACGCUGGCCUAAUCGUUUAUUUUGUUUUUACUCUCAAGCGCUCCUUGUUUCCUGCAAUUUACAUUUUCAGAAACAGGGUUAUUUGGAGUUUUAUCCAAGAGACUGUAACUUGUGCGGGCUGCCGUACUUUAAGUAACUCUCACCAGCCUGACGCUUUAGCGUACAUGACAGAAUCGGGAAAAAUAUGUUUUCCGAUAUUUGGCCGCCAGCUAUAUCAUUCUAGAAGAAUUCACCCCUCAGUUUAUGACGGCGAAAAUAACUAUUUCCCGACGAAUCUGGAACUGUGUUUUGCGACAAAUGGGAAGGAUGUAAAAGCUCUCACGGAUCACUUUACAGACAUUACUCGAGCGGAGGGCGAAAAGCGAACAUAAUGAAAGAAAAGUAGUCGCUUUUAAAUUCAAACAGACCCUGUUUACCAAAGCUGUUCUCAUAUCGUGUUUAACACAAUGUUAUGUUACCCAUAAUAAUAUUGCAUAGGUGCAUAGACACACAACGCGAUUAUGCAAAUUAAAAAUAGAAAAAGCAAAAAGCAAAAAUAUUGAUAGCGAAUCCUUUUCGACUUAUAUUCUAUAUAAGUCUAAAAUGAAUUUUUUAUUAUCGUCUUAUAGGAUGGAAUAAUAUUAUAUCAUAUUGAAUCUAAGAAAGGGACUAAAUUUAUCCAAUAAAAGUAAUCAGUAGAUACGCAGAGAAAACCGGAUCUGUGUUUAGUUUUGUGAUAAUUUUCCCAUUGCAAUAAAAGUACCAUGAUUACAUGGUAUCUAAAAAUUUUAGUUUGUUUGUUUCCCAGGGCAGAUUUUGUCGAUAAGAGUGUUUUUUACACAUUUUUUUUUUUGGCCGUUUAACAAUAAACAGAGCAAGUGAAGAACCCUCUUUUGUCAUCACGACAAACCAAUUUCACCUGCCGGAAACAUGACUUAAUUUUUCAUUUCUUUUUGACUGGACUCUAAAAUAAAUUUGAUGAGUGACGACUCUGUUACUUAAAAUGCUAUUGAUGAUUAAUAGAGUAAUACUUUGGAAUGAAUUAGGCUGAAUAUGUAUAGAAUUAGGUUUAAUUGCAUAAAAUAAACCUUUUUUUUAGGUUA